AUGGCUGCAGCAUUCCUUAACGAUGUAUCUGAUGAUUUUAAAAAAUUAUACGAAACUAAAGAAGGUCAUGAUGCUAUUAUCAUUGCUGGAAAAGAACCAAAUGUCAAAGAAUUUCAAGUUCAUUCUUUGAUUCUUCGUACUAGAUCAUCUUAUUUUCGUUGUGCAUUUUCUGAUAAUUGGGCCGAAAAAAACGAUGAUGGUCAUUUAGUUUUAAAAAAACCUAAUAUUAGUGCAUUAGUCUUCGAAAUUAUACUCAAGUAUCUAUAUUGUGGAAUAGUUGAUUUUCAAAGUCAAAAUAAUGAAAUAAUCUUAGAACUUUUAGUUGCAGCAGAUGAAUUUGGAGCUCAAAGACUUAUUAAUUUAAUUCAAGAAUUUUUAACCAAAAAUUGUUAUCAAUUCUUACGUUCAGAUCCUAUUAAAAUACUUGACCUUGUUAUCUGUCAUAAUGCAUUCGAUAAUCUCAAAAGUGUUUAUAUAGAAACCUUUAAUAAAUAUUGCAAAAACUUUUUACGUCAAGAUCCCAUUAAAAUACUUCAUUUUAUUAUCCGUCACGAAAUAUUUAAUGAAUUUAAAAAAAUUUCUUUAGAGAUUAUUUGUGAAAAUCCUGAUUUAUUAUUUAAUUCAGAUGAAUUCUUUUCAUUAGAAAAAGAUGUAUUAAUAUUAAUUCUUAACUGUGAUGACCUUGAUAUGAAAGAAAUUGAUAUCUGGAAGCUAUUGGUUAGAUGGGGAACUGCUCAACAUUUAACCUUUCAAAAUCAACGUUCGACACCUCAAAUUCAAUAUUCAACAUCUCAAAGUGACGUGACAAAAUUUACACUUGAAGAUUUUAAGACAUUAGAAAAGAUAUUACAUGAAUUAGUUCAACUUGUUAGAUUUCAUCAAAUAAUUGGUAAAGAGUUCGUACUUGAAGUAUGGCCAUUUAGGCACCUCCUUCCUGAUAAUCUAAUCGAAGAUGUAUUACGUUGCUAUCUAAUUUCAGACACCGCACCAUUAUAUAACGCAUUUCCUGUCAGAUUAGGCAAUAUCAACGUUAAAAUCGAUUCUGUUAUAAUUAAUAAAAAGAUCGUACUAUUACUUACAAAAUGGAUAGAUGGAAAAACUAUAAAUGAUAAAAGUUCAAAAGAAACUCGUUAUAAAUUUAAUCUUCUUUUUCGAAGUGGACAUGGAUUUUUUGCUCGAAUAUUUUAUCAAAAGUCACACAAAAUAUUUCAUCAAAAAUGUGAUGAUAAAGGGGCAACAAUUGUUAUAGCAAGAAUUUCAGGUUCAAAGAUGUUGAUUGGUGGUUAUAAUCCACUUGAUUGGAAUGGAAAUAAUAUAUGGAAACAAACAACAGAUAGUUUCUUAUUUUCUUUAAGUGAUCUUAAUAAUCCUAAAAGUGCAAAAUUAGGACGCGUUAUUAAUAAAACUUAUGCUAUUUAUUGUGGUAAUGAUUAUGGUCCAACGUUCGGAGGUAUCAAUUUAUUCGAUCCAAAUAACAGGGGUAAUCGGGAACAUUAUGAUUCCUAUCCUAACAUUGGCAUUCCGACUUCAUUUGAAAUCUCAGAUUAUGAAGUAUUUCAAGUAGUUAAGAAUUAG